AUGAAUUCUAGUUUGCGUGUUUGUUACACUUAAGUAUAAGUAAUUUACAUAAGGCAGCACCAUUGUUCAAUUUAAAUUUUCAGUAUUUGGCAACUAUCUUUUACUUUCAUUCAUAAAUUUGUUUUGGUUACACUUGCCAUUUGUUAUCAGUUAACAAAUAUAGAAGAAUUCAAUUUUUAUCACAAACAAAGUAUAAAAACUCAACUGAAAUGUCUUCGACCGAUAUAAAACUUGAGGUUUGUGUCGAUUCAAUUGCUUCGGCACUAGCCGCUGCUGAGGGUGGUGCUUCACGUAUUGAACUAUGUUCCGCGCUAAGUGAAGGUGGCCUAACGCCUACACCAGGGACGCUGAAGACACUUAAGGAACUUAUAAACAUACCAAUUUAUUGCAUGCUACGACCAAGACGAGGCAAUGAUUUCAUUUAUUCGAAUGACGAAAUUGAAUCAGUAUUGUUAGACUUGGAUAUACUACGUUCCCACGGUGCUGAUGGCUUUGUCUUUGGUGCACUCACCGAGCAGCGUUCUAUCGAUGUGGAAAAAUGUCAACGUGUUUUGGAGCGCGCCGCCGGCAUGCCACUUACAUUCCAUCGCGCAUUCGAUCUCACUAAUCCACAAUUAAUGCAUGAAAAUGUAACCAUAAUUAAGGAGUUAGGUUUUAAACGUUUGCUCAGUAGCGGACUUCGCGCUACCGCUAUCGAGGGUAGUGAUAAUCUAGCACAACUCAUUGCUAAGCAUCGUGAUAUAAUUAUAAUGCCUGGUGCUGGCAUUAGUGUAAGCAAUUUGGAUGAAUUGUUAACGAUUACAAAAUGUGUGGAAUUUCAUGCUUCUGCACAGGCAGCAGCUGGCGCGAAUAACAGUAAUGGUGGAGUGGCAAACAUGGAUUGCGAUGUAACAAUGGGUAAGCAGGACGUGGAACCUUACGCGACGACCGACGUUAAUGUGGUGCGCAGAAUGGUUAGCAUUGCUAUGGCAGCAAAAUGAAAGCCGUACAAAAAGUCACCACGAAAGCUAUUUUUUAGUAAAUGAAAUUUUGUGUGUACAUAUGUAUAUAUUCACAUAUAAAAAAUCUAUCUGUGGUGUUUUUCCUAAGACUUGACAAUGCACGUAAAUACUUAAACAUCUUCCUAUACUAAAUAUACCAUUCCUAAUUAAAUACAGUACAGUUGUGAACUCUAUUAACUUACUAAGAACACUCUGCUGAAAUCUGUUGGGAUUUUAAUAAAAUCCUUUUUUAUAUUUAUUUUAGUUUUAUAGUAUUUAUUUAUAUGUAUAUUCCCGUAUUUAUAUGUGUACUUUUGUAAUUUAGAUUAAAAAUUAAAUGACCCUUGACUAUUAAUUCUACUUAAAUAAUGUACAUCAAUAUGUAUGUAAUAUUUAUUGUAAUAUCAAGAGUAAAUCAACAAAACAGUUUAAUUAUUAUAACAGUUAUAUUCCAAGAACACAGCGAUAGAUUAACUCACAUUCUGCUUUAUAAUUCGCAGAUUUCUUUAUUAUGUAAAAUAAACCUCUUUAUCAACAAUUAAAUUUAUGACAUUUAACCAUUUUUUUAUAGAAUUAAUAAAUAAUUUUUUUAAACAUCA